AUGGCAUCACCUCCCGCCGAUACGUCCGUCCAGCAACCCCUCUUCCGCGCCUCGCGCAAGCGCAAAGCCACCUACCGCCGCCAACGUGAAGAAGACGAAUCCGAACCGACUACCGACACACCGGCUCCCCUCGCAGACUCCGCAUCUCCAUCACUUCCCUCCACAACCGCCGAAGACGACGAGUCAUCAAUAGCGGAGGCCCUCCGGCUACGCAACCUCCGCAAGUCCCGCCUCAACGGAGUCGGCUUCCGCGCCCAGACCCGCGAAGAUGAACCCUCCUCCUCGACCGCCCUCAUCCCGAAACCCCAAGAUGAAGAGACAGCCCCCGACGGCGGCAUCACAAACCGCUUCGCCCCCCAGACCGGUCUCGUCGGCGAGCUCGUCAACAAACACAUGCCAGCGACUGAUCAAGCAAGGAUGGAAUACAUAGAGGCCAAGCUCUCUAACCGCCCCUCCCCAUCCACCCCGGCCCCAGAAGCGGGCGCACAGAGCGAACCGCGAGCCCCCACGGCCCCGUCAUCCCGUCCGCCCCGCCUCGACGAGAUUCCCGGCGCCGCCAUCAUGCAGGGCCGCCUGACAGAGGUUGACCUCGGCGACGAGGCGCGCGCCCGCAACAUCGCCAUGACGGAAGCCGCGCGCCGUCUGCAAACCGCACCGACUGAUUCGAACGACGGCGGCGCGCCCGGCCAGCGUGCGCGGAAGAAAACCCGCCUCGGCCGUGACGGCAAGCCCCUGCGCCAGCGCAACCGGCGCACGAGCGACGACGUCGCGCGCGACAAGAUGGUCGAGGACUUUUUGCGCGAGAACAGACUCGAUGUCUACGAGAACCCCGCCACCUCCCAGACAGCAAACUCCUCGGCCCCCGGCGGCGGCGACGACGACGCCGCCGCCGACGACCGCCUCGCCGAGGAGUUUCGCCGCGAGUUCAUGGACGCCAUGGCCCAUCGCCGCCAACAGAACGCACAGCAGCAGCAGCAGCGCAAAAAGGCCCCCGCCGACGGCAAGGCCGACGAGGAGGUCCUGCGCGGGCCCAAGCUCGGCGGCAGCCGCAGCGCCCGCGCCGCCAUGCGCGAUCUGCUGCUGGCUGAGGAGAAGAAGAAGCAGCAGGGCAGGCGAUGA